AUGCCUUUGACACCGGAGGCCAUUAUCGCACUCGUCGGCGCUCUUCUCGCUGUUCCUCCAGUUUCUGUCACUCUUUGGCGCUGCCACACGUCGAGUCGUCGCGCAGAAGCUAUCCGUUGUGCCCUGUCCGACACUGAAAUGCAACUUACACCGUUUCGUUCCCAGCCGUCAUCUACAUCACCAUCGACACGCGCACUCUGUGCGGCCACCCCGGUUCUCGUUCUGCCGAAUCAAAACCCCAGCCGUGAAGUCCACGAGCGACACGAGUUUCGUUACAUGGCCUUCUACCACGGAUUUGCCUCGUGUCAUUCCACGCCCACCACGAACCCGCAUCAAGCAGACCACGAGUGA